GCACUUUCAAGGUCGUGUGUGUCUGGUAAUUAUAACAGACAAGUUGUCACGAGGCCUUAAGUGAGUUUAGAUAACUACAGGUUUCGUACUACUAUCUUUUUAUCCUAAAUCCUUGUUAUGUCUACGUUACCUGAAGGUUGGGUAUCUCGAAUCAGCUCUAGUAGUGGAAAACCAUACUAUGUUAAUACAGUUACAAAUGAGUCACAAUGGGAAUAUCCUCAGCAUCCAGUCAUAUCCACAAAUAAAGUUCGAUGCUUACAUUUACUAGUGAAGCAUAAUGAAUCUCGACGUCCCUCAUCUUGGAAACAACAGAAUAUCACUCGAUCUAAAGAUGAAGCCUUAGAUUUAAUAAAAAAAUACAAACAACAAAUUGAAGCUGGUGAAUAUACAUUUGAAGAACUUGCCCGAACUGAAAGCGAUUGCAGUUCAGCUCAUUCUGGUGGUGAUUUAAAUUUCUUUAGUCGUGGUCAAAUGCAAAAACCAUUUGAAGAUGCUGCAUUUAAAUUAGAAAUUGGUGAAAUGUGUGGUCCUGUAUAUACAGAUUCUGGAAUUCAUUUAAUCAAACGAAUUGCAUAAUAAAACAAUAAUAGACAAUUAAAUUGAAUAUAAAACUUGAAAUAUUUCACCCUUUUGCAUUUGAUUUAAAUAAAAGUUCAUGUUUAUUAGUAGUACUUGAUUUCCUUUCUUUCUUAAAAGUCAGUAACCCAGUAUUUCGGUUAACUUUUUAUUUAUUGUAAAUUUUCUACAUUUUUUGGACUGAAGUGGUUAAUAGUGAUUUGGGAAUUACUCUUGUAUAUCGUUUCAUGAUGUUUUGUCUUAUGUAAGUUGGAUUGUCUAUUCCUUAAGUUUUUAUUUAUUUAUAGCAUAAUGCUAGAUAAUAUCGCAUCAACAGUGAAUGAGAAUUCUUUACUUUUCUUUAUACUGAAAGAGUUGAUUAUACUAAAGUAUUUUAUUAUAAUUGAUGUUGCAGAUCAACAUCAUAACUAGAACAUAGAACUAGGAAUUUAAGAGUAGAUUACACGAGAUUGGGACCUGUGACUGGUUAAAACACCAAGUAACAACUCAACAUUAGUCUUGAUUGUAAAUCGACUUGAGUUUCUGUAAUCCAUCUAACAAAUUAUAUAUGUGAAUUAUCCAUCCAAUUAAUCGGUCAUCAGCAACGUAGAAUCUGACACAUGCAUAUUUAUAGGUUCAAGUUGUCACACUACAUUGGUGCGAUUAGAUGAAAUUACCAAUAUAAUUGCCUGAGUAGUAGAGCCCCCAAAUGCCCUGGUACGGCCGACAGUGGGCACAGUCAGCUCUCCCUCUCGAAAUGCUCUCACAUGGCCACGCGUAUAUAGCCUCUGCCAGGGAAGUCCUACUCACUGCCUUCUGGUGGCGGGGGUGUUGUUUACGAAAUUGAGAUUACGUAAAGCGAAUGUCCGGCGCUUUUACCAGGUUGGUGGACACCGUGAGUUCACCUAGGGGAGUUGGAAAACCGUG